AAUCCGUUGAAUCCCCUGCUGGUAAAUUCAAUACCACGGGAGGUGGUGCUUGUGAUUGACCAACGACAACACCAAACGUACCAGGAUGAGUGGAAUACUCAAGAUAUCGUGUCUACUUGCUAGACAACCGGCUCGAACAGUGAAUAAGCUGGGCAUAUCGGUAGCCACGAAUCGCAAGUUCCACUGGACUCAGGAUGGAAAAUUUGCGAGUGUUUCGAGUGGAAUAUCAAAGGAAUAUCCAGUGGUCGAUCAUACGUAUGAUGCCGUUGUCGUUGGUGCUGGUGGUGCUGGGUUGCGUGCAGCCUAUGGGCUCGUCGCUGAGGGCUUCAAAACAGCUGUUAUCACCAAGCUCUUUCCAACAAGGUCGCACACUGUUGCUGCCCAGGGUGGGAUAAAUGCUGCACUUGGGAAUAUGGAGGAGGACAAUUGGCAGUGGCACAUGUACGAUACGGUCAAGGGUUCAGACUGGCUUGGAGAUCAGGAUGCCAUUCACUACAUGACUAGGGAGGCACCCAAGGCAGUAAUCGAGUUGGAGAACUGCGGAAUGCCUUUCAGUCGUACUUCAGAUGGUAAAAUAUAUCAGCGGGCAUUCGGCGGUCAAUCCUUGAAAUUUGGUAAGGGUGGUCAGGCCCACAGAUGUUGCUGUGUGGCAGACAGAACAGGUCACUCACUCCUGCACACGCUGUACGGUCAAUCUCUGAGCUACGACUGCAACUACUUCGUCGAGUACUUUGCCCUGGACCUCCUCAUGGAAGAGGGUGAAUGUCGUGGGGUAAUAGCCCUGUGCCUCGAGGACGGUUCGAUUCACCGCUUCAAAGCCAAGAACACAGUCCUGGCAACUGGUGGCUACGGUCGUGCCUACUUUUCCUGCACCUCCGCGCACACCUGCACCGGUGAUGGCACAGCAAUGGUGACACGAGCAGGUCUGCCUAACCAGGAUCUGGAAUUUAUUCAGUUCCAUCCAACGGGCAUCUACGGGGCUGGCUGCCUGAUCACGGAGGGGAGUCGAGGGGAGGGAGGAUACCUGGUGAACAGCGAGGGGGAGCGUUUCAUGGAGCGUUAUGCACCAGUAGCGAAGGAUCUGGCAUCACGAGAUGUCGUCUCCAGGUCCAUGACCAUUGAAAUACGAGAGGGACGAGGAGUUGGCCCGGAGAAAGAUCACAUUUACCUUCAACUCCAUCAUCUACCACCGGAGCAAUUGGCAGCCAGACUUCCCGGCAUCUCCGAGACUGCCAUGAUCUUCGCUGGGGUCGAUGUCACCAGGGAACCGAUUCCAGUAUUGCCUACGGUACACUACAAUAUGGGGGGAGUGCCAACUAACUACAAGGGACAAGUACUGACAACGAAGAAUGGAGAGGAUUCAGUAGUCAGGGGACUCUAUGCCUGUGGUGAGGCUGCUAGUGCAUCGGUUCACGGUGCCAAUCGACUCGGUGCCAAUUCUCUCCUAGAUUUGGUUGUUUUUGGACGUGCGUGCGCCAAAACCAUCGCUGCGGAGAACAAACCGGGGGAAAAAAUUGGAAAUCUUAGCACUCAUGCGGGCGAAGCGUCUGUCGCUAAUUUGGAUAAAAUCAGGCACGCCAAUGGGUCCAUCUCCACGGCUGAGUUAAGACUGAAUAUGCAGAAGACGAUGCAGACACAUGCUGCUGUGUUCAGGGAGGAGGCGACCCUCCAGGAAGGCUGUCGAAAGAUGUCUGAUCUUUUCAAGAAGCAGAAGGACGUCAAAGUCAGCGAUCGAUCGCUCGUGUGGAAUUCGGAUCUCAUUGAGACUCUGGAACUGCAGAAUUUGAUGCUGAAUGCUAUGCAGACGAUAUUUUCGGCGGAAAAUAGGAAGGAGAGUCGUGGAGCUCAUGCCAGGGAGGAUUUUAAGACUAGAGUCGAUGAGUACGAUUAUAGCAAGCCAAUUGACGGUCAACAGGCCAAACCCAUGGAUCAGCACUGGAGGAAGCACACGCUGACGACGAUGGACAACGAAAAGGUGUUGAUCAACUACAGACCGGUGAUAGAUCAGACACUGGAUGCUCAGGAAUGUUCGACGGUUCCUCCAGCGAUUCGCUCGUAUUAAAAAAAUGAAAAUAGUCAGGGAGAUCUUAUUUUCACAUUUUUCACUGUAGAUAAAAUGAAAAGCAACUCAUUUCCCCUUCCUCGAGACGAUCGAGGUGUUGAAUGCCAAAUGGUCCCCACUCUCACAUCAAAGCACAUUUUUCUUUCCUCGUGAAUACAUAGUCAGUUUUUUUUUUAAUUAAAGCUAUUUGUCGUCAGUUAAUCCGGUGUUUUUUUCAUUGACGAAUACACUCGAUGUAUUGUGAGACAACUGAUGCUGAGAUUAGUCAUGCCAACGAUCUCGUAAAAUAUUUCUUAGUAUUCGUAAGAGAGCAUUGAAGGAUUUUCACUCUCUUGUUUGUACUUACCACAACAGCGUAGCUAAAGCCAUUAAGUUAUUCAGAUUCCGACGAGGAAUGGGGAGAAAAUUUACUAGUAAUUUAAUAAAUAGAAAUUUUGAGGUUUCAUUAGUCGAGUCUCGAGAUAUUUAUGAAGAUGAUAUUGCUACUGCGUUGUCUGAAUUGUUACUAAUACGACUGAGAGUGUUUUUUGGGCCCUGAAGCAUGGAUUUGAGUGGAUAUAGAACGCAAAUUGGAGCUGACUGAUAUUAAUUUGAAAAUUGAUUAAAAAUUAGUGUUGGAUUGUCAUUGACUCGCCGAAUUAUUGGAGAAAUGGCGAGAGUGAUCGAACGUCUGUAAGUGUAAAUAUUACAAACAAAUUAAUUGUCAAUAAAGGACAUUGAUACAGCUUU